ACGCAAGUUGUUUACAUGUUUGAGGAACGUUUUUCGUCGCUCGCGGUCCGCUUCGUCGUAAGGAUAAGUUUGGUUUACGGCGAAUUUGGGCCUUGUGCAGGUUUCAAGAUUGAUCAGAAUCUGCAAGCAAUCCUUAAAAGGAAAGCGAAGAACAGAGGCAAAGUGACAGAAGAGCAGGCGGAAAGCCCGGCACCAUGUCUCUCGCAGACGAACUUCUCAAUGACUUCGAGGAGGGGGAAGAAGAGGAGCUUCUGGCCAAUGAAUUGCAGGCUCGGGAGGGUGCCCCUGGAGGGCCAGUGGAAUCCAUGGACGUCGAGUUCAAGGUGCCUUUCGCCGUCGACUCGAAGGCAGCCAAGCCAGGCCUGCAGUCCGUCCGCCAGGUUGCCAAGUUGUGGGACUCGAACAAGCUUCGCGACAUCAAAGAUCAGAUAGAAAAAUACGCGUCUCAGCAGAGGAAAGCUGAGGAUAUCCAGGGACCUGUGGAGGCAGAUCCAGAGUACUUGCUUAUUGUGGAGGCAAACAACAUUAAUGUAGAUAUUGAUGAUGAGAUUGGGACGAUACACAAGUUUGUAAAGGAGAAGUAUUCGAAGAGGUUCCCAGAAUUAGAAUCACUGGUUGUCAACCCCCUUGAAUACCUUAGUGCUGUGCGGGAGCUUGGGAAUGAUGUGGACAAGGUUAAAAACAGUGAGGCUUUAGCCCAGAUCCUGACACAAGCCACUAUCAUGGUGGUGAGUGUAACAGCAUCCACCACACAAGGUUCCCUCCUCACAAACCAGGAGCUCGAGGCCAUAGAAGAGGCUUGCAAGAUGGCUCAGGAUCUGAAUGCUUUCAAGAUAAAAAUCUUUGAGUAUGUUGAGAGCAGGAUGAACUUCAUUGCACCAAAUCUAUCUUGCAUUGUCGGGGCAUCAACUGCAGCCAAGCUGAUGGGAGCUGCGGGAGGUCUCACAAAUCUUGCCAAAAUGCCAGCUAGUAAUGUCCUCCUUGUCGGUAAACAGAAGAAGACCAUGAUUGGAAUGGCCCAGACAUCCAUGCUUCCUCAUACAGGACAUAUUUACUACUGUGAUAUUGUGCAGGAAACACCAACUGACCUACGUUCCAAAGCUGCUCGGAUUGUUGCUGCAAAGGCCACUCUUGCUGCUCGUGUAGACAGCAUGCACGGAAGCCCUACAGGUGCACAGGGCUUACUUCUAAGGGAGGAAGUUGAGAAAAAGCUAGACAAAUUACAAGAACCUCCCCCAGUCAAAGCUGUAAAACCACUGCCUCCACCCAUAGAUGCCCCAGGAAAGAAGCGUGGAGGACGAAGAGUACGCAAAAUGAAGGAAAGGAUGGCUGUAACAGACCUGCGGAAGGCACAGAACAGAAUGAACUUUGGAGAGAUCGAGGAAGACGCAUACCAAGAUGACCUUGGUUACACAAGAGGUCAACUUGGGAAAGGUGGUGCAGGACGUAUCAGGAAGGUCACAGUGGACGAAAAGACUAGGGUCCGUCUCUCCAAGACCCUACAGAAGGAGGUGCAGCGGCAGUCUUCUCUCGGAGGCCAGACAACUGUAAGAAGACAAGUGGCCGGUACGGCAUCCAGUGUUGCCUUCACACCACUUCAGGGUCUUGAGAUUGUCAAUCCUCAGGCGGCAGAGAUGAGCGGACAUGCUAAGGCCAACAAAUAUUUCUCUAAUGUUCUCGGAUUCAAGAAUGUAAAUAACAAGUUGGUGUAGUUGAAGAGGAAGCAAGCGAAUGGAAACAUAUUUUUUGUAAAAGGAGAGUAGAUACAUUACCUGAAAGGUUAUUUGUUACAGUGGAUAUAAUAAAAGAAUUAGUUGUAUUAAUUUUAUUUUACAUGACAAAUUACCUACAUAUAGUGUAUGUGUAUGUACAAUAUGAAGUUUAUUGACAGAGGUAUUGGCAAGUUCUAUACACUUUUGUUUGGAUCAUUAAAAAAAGAAAGUUCUUUCUUAUUUA